CUCGCCCUUUUCUCGAGGGGGCAGAGAAGGAGGUAAGAAGUGCGGUGAGCUCCGUGCAGGUUUGUCACGGCUUCCUAACGCUCCUUGCUGCCCUUGGGAUCAGCCUGGGCUCCUCAGCGUUUGGGUUUUCUCGUGGUGGGUGCCGUGGGCUGAGCUGUCCUGCCCCGGCCGUGUCUCGGAGCACACACCUGGCAGCCAGGCCGGCGUGAGGGGGGCUUGUCUUCCUCUCUGCUUGUCUUGGCUCUGAGGGACGGUAACUGCAGCUCCCGAUGGCCUGUGUGCUGUGAACAAGGAGAACUGCUGAUCCUGCAAUGAUACCACUUUCUUCAGCUGCUCUGAUGAAGGUAUUUCAUGGAGCCUUUGAGCACUAACAUCACUGCUCUCUGUGUGACCAUUUGAGAGCAAAGGAGGUGGACGCAGCCAUGGGGGACUCUCCGGCAAAUGUCAUGGAUGGAGGCAUGGACACACAGACUGAACUGGUGGAGAGGGUGGCAGCCAUAGAUGUGUCUGUUAUUCCAGACAGAAGUGACCAAAAUGGGGAAGACAACCCUGAAGAAAAUGACACAGUCUUUUCUGAUAACAUAAAGGACAUCCAAAGAAAUGGAGUCAGCAGUGACAUGGGAAUCAAUGAAUUUCUGCCUUCCCAACAGUCAGAAGAUGCUCACUUGAGGCAUGCUCCCAAGAGACAUCUAACCAGACCUGGUCUAUCAAGUAGGAAGUUGUCCCUUCAGGAAAGAUCAUCAGGAGCUUAUUUGGCUUCUAGCAGCACUUCAGGCUGUGGUCCUUAUGCCACAGGGCCAUCCCCACGCAUAAUCAGGAGACCAACGAUAGAGUCCAAUCGGGUCUCCAUAUCAGACUCUGAGGACUGUGUGCAAUUAAACCAGUACAAGCUGCAGAGUGAAAUAGGCAAGGGCUCCUACGGCGUGGUGAAGCUGGCCUACAACGAGAACGAUGACAAGUACUACGCUAUGAAAUUCCUCUCCAAAAAGAAGCUCUUGAAGCAGUAUGGAUUUCCACGUCGGCCUCCUCCCAGAGGGUCCAAAGCAUCCUCUGGAGAGCAGUCCAAGCCCAUGGCACCCCUGGACAGAGUCUAUCAGGAAAUAGCCAUCCUAAAGAAGCUGGACCACAUCAAUAUCGUUAAGCUGAUAGAGGUCCUUGAUGAUCCUGCAGAGGACAACUUGUACAUGGUGUUUGACCUCAUGAGGAAAGGGCCUGUCAUGGAGGUGCCCAGUGAGCAGCCCUUCAGCGAGGAGCAGGCUCGGCUCUACUUCCGAGACAUCGUCCUGGGCAUCGAGUACUUGCACUACCAGAAGAUCAUCCACAGGGACAUCAAGCCUUCCAACUUGCUCUUAGGAGAUGAUGGCCACGUCAAAAUUGCUGAUUUUGGUGUCAGCAAUCAGUUUGAAGGGAAUGAUGCCCAGCUUUCCAGCACAGCAGGGACACCAGCCUUCAUGGCACCCGAGGCCAUCUCACAGACUGGCAAAAGUUUCAGUGGAAAGGCCCUGGAUGUGUGGGCCAUGGGAAUCACCCUGUACUGCUUUGUUUAUGGGAAGUGCCCUUUUAUAGAUGAAUAUAUUCUGGGUCUUCAUAAUAGGAUCAAGACCAAGCCUGUAGAGUUCCCAGAAGAAGCACAGAUAAGUGACGAGCUCAAGGAGCUGAUACUGCGCAUGCUCGAUAAAAAUCCAGAAACAAGGAUAACAGUCCCUGAAAUAAAGGUGCACCCCUGGCUGAGCCGGGGCGGCGCGGAGCCGCUGCCGCUGGAGGAGGAGCACUGCUCCGUGGUGGAGGUCACCGAGGAGGAGGUCAAGAACUCUGUGAAGACCAUCCCCAGCCUGCCUGCUGUGAUCCUGGUGAAGGCCAUGCUGAGGAAACGCUCCUUUGGGAACCCCUUUGAGGUGCAGACGAGGAGGGAGGAGAGAUCCAUGUCUGCUCCAGGGAACCUGCUGAUAACACAGGGCAGCAGAGAAGCAGCCAGGGACCCGGAGCUUCCCGACGUGUGCGAGGACGAGGCCGCGGCCUGAGGGCGCGGCUGCCUGGGCUGGCUGCCCUCACCCCCUCAUGGCCCUCACCGCCCAGCCCGGGCCCUGCACGGCAGAACAGAACCAGCCCGAGCCCAGCAGGAACAGAGCGAGCCAGGAAAGCUGGGUUGGAGGGCCUGGGCUGGCUGCCCUCACCACCUCAUCCCCUCACCGCCCAGCCCGGGCCCAGCAGAGUGGAACGAGCCAGGAAAGCCGGGCAGGAGGACCUGGGCUGGCUGCCCUCACCCCCUCAUGGCCCUCACCGCCCAGCCCGGGCCCUGCACGGCAGAACAGAACCAGCCCGAGCCCAGCAGAGUGGAGCGAGCCAGGAAAGCCGGGCGGGAGGAUCCGAGGAGCAGCGGGAGCCCUGCACUCCUCCAUGCGUGCCUUGUGCUUCACCCCAGGAACGCGGCUGUGCUCCUCUCAAGGGUUCUUUUCUCCCCAGAGACGUUCUCCUUGUGUUUUUGUGUUCUCUACUUCAAGCAUCAGGGGGAAAAAAAAAUGGCAUUAAAGACUGGUUUUACGAGUCUCCUCGAGCCAGGUCUCAUAAUGUCUUGGAGAUCUAUUUCACACCCAAGAUAGCUCAGCUACCUUAGAAGGCAUAAAAUCGCAGGAUGGCUCCUGUGGUAGUGUUGGAAAA